CACAGUUCAACCGAUUGUUUAGUGUUGUGAGCAACUCUCUCAUUUCCGUCUCAAAAUGGCAUUCAAGUUCCUGACCAUCUGCGCCUUGGUGGCCGUUGCCAGCGCUGGACUCAUCCCUUCCCCUGCGCUCUCUUAUGCUGCUGCCCCAGCUCAUCUGUCCUAUGCCGCUCCACUCACCAAGACCCUCAUUGCCGCGCCUCUGACCAAGCAGAUCGUUGCCGAUGAGUACGACCCGAACCCACAGUACUCGUACUCGUACGGAAUCGCCGAUUCUCUGACCGGUGACCAGAAGUCCCAGGAAGAAUCCCGCAGCGGAGAUGUUGUUAAGGGAUCGUACUCCGUCGUUGACCCAGAUGGUCACAAGCGCAUCGUCGAGUACACCGCCGAUCCACACAACGGAUUCAACGCCGUCGUCCAUCGCGAGCCAAUUGCCCACGUUAAGACUAUCGCUGCCGCCCCGCUCCUCAAGACCGUUGUUGCCCAGCCAGCCCUCGGAGCAUAUGCCUAUCACCACUAAGUCAAUUGGCUGCUGUCAAAAUUUCUACUUCCGGAUACCUGAAAGCCUCUAUUGUAAAUAGUCAAAAUAAAUUGUUGUUCACAAUGUUAAUUUAUUGAAA